AUGACUCACUGGGUACAGACUAGGACUAUAUAUAAUGUCACAGUUGAUAGAGACAAAGAGAAUAAAAUAACCAGCAAACGAAAUAUACUGGAAACAGUCUUUGGGAUCAGCUGAUAAACUUUACUAACCAUGUCAGAGCCAGGCAAGGUAAAAAAGAAGCGCCCAGUGAUGAAGGCGGAGGACCUGAAAGGAGCUCGCAGUAAACUGGGGCUGAAGGGCGAGGUGAAGAGUAAGACCUAUGAGGUCAUGGUGGAGUGUGAGCGUAUGGGGAAAGUGGCUCCGUCUGUGUUCAGCAAUGUGAAGACCGGAGCUGAGACGGUCCUCUCCAAGCCUGCUGCUGCCAAAGACCCCGGAGCCAGUGUGUUUAGCAAGUAAUCACACUGCAAGAUGGAGAAGAGACAGCACUGAACUGACUGAAGAACAUACUCUGUGGAACUUUCUUUCAGAUGUAUUAGUGGACAAUGAUUAUGUAUGAUGAUGAAUGAUGGUGCAUGUAAAGGGUUUCUGAUAUAUAAGAGAAGUGGAUGAGCUAGUUUUGUGCUAGUUUGAAUAGUUUUAAUAUUACUGUUGUGCAUGCUGUGCUAUGCUUUUUUUGUACUUGACCAUUUUCUGAGUGAAUUAUUUUCCUUCAAAGGUUAAAGUUCAGAGUUGGAUUGUUAGAUAUAUCAGUCAUUCUACGGAAACAGCAGCAAGUACUACCAUUUAAUUUUAAAGAUACACACAAUCCUUUAUAUUGGCAUUACUGAUUUAAUAUAUAUAAUUUAGUAGAAUUUCAAUAAAUAAGUAGUGUUGAAAUGUUCCAGUGUAGGCAAUGAACAAACACAAACAUGAUCAAAGUCCAAAGUGGCAGCAAAAUUGCUGGUCAAAGUAACACACCUGAAGGUACAGUAUGACAACUCUUGAGUAACAAACAAAUAAACAACAGGUGUGGAGUACCUACAGCAGCUAUGUGGAGGUAUUGUACCAUAUUUAACUUUAACUUGCAAGAAAUAUUUUUGUUCAUAAUGUCUGUAAAGAAAUAAAAGUUUAUCAAAAAAUA